CUGUCUCUGUGUCUCUGUCUCUGUGUCUCUGUGUCUCUGUGUCUCUCUCUCUGUCUCUCUCUCUCUCUCUCUGUGUCUCUGUCUCUCAGCUACAAACAUGCUGUGGACGGUCUCUUCAGGGUCUUCAGAGAAGAGGGGGUGAGGAAGUUGUUCUCAGGAGCCACCAUGGCCUCCAGCAGAGGAGCUCUGGUCACCGUGGGACAGUUGGCAUGUUAUGACCAGGCUAAACAGCUGGUGCUGUCUUCAGGCUUCAUGGGCGAUAACAUCCUCACACACUUCCUGUCUAGCUUUAUCGCUGGAGGCUGUGCUACGUUCCUGUGUCAGCCUCUAGAUGUGAUGAAGACCAGGUUGAUGAACUCUAAAGGAGAAUACUCAGGUGUGAUACACUGUCUGAGAGUGACAGCUAAAGAGGGACCCAUGGCCUUCUACAAGGGUCUUGUUCCUGCAGGGAUCCGUCUGAUUCCUCACACGGUGCUCACCUUCAUCUUCCUAGAGCAGCUCAAGAACAACUUCGGCAUUGUCAUCAUCUCCUGAGCACGCUCCAUGACCUACGACCUUUAACCUCUAACCCCCUGUCCCCUGCAAACGUCAACCAAUCCCCUGUCACUGCCACGGUGCCACACCCCCCCAUGGCCCUGCGCUGUCCAAUUACACAGAGAGGUGGUUGUAGGGAUGGAAUGGAAUGUCUGCUAUGCUAUCCUCCCCAGCCCUCUUUCACCUGCUCUGGAAAUCAACCAAUCACCCGGGGAAAAGACUACGAAGGAACUGCCUACACCUGCACCAUCACAGCCUUGUCCACAGGAAGAGUUGUCAUAGUAACACCAGUCAAACCCUGCUGUGACAUCAUCUUCAUGUCUCUGUCAUCAUCAAUAGUGCCAUUCUCAAUUGGGUCUGCGCCUCAAAUCAUACACUAUUCCCUAUGUAGUGCAUUACUUAUGACCCUUAAUCUGUAGUGCACUUAACAUGUAGCUCUGGUCAGAAGUAGUGCACUACGUAGGGAACAUAGUGUCACCUGAGUUCACUCCCUAAACGGUGUUGAUGUGUUUAUACUGUAACCUUCCACCAUCAUCAUCAUGUAUGUAUCACCCAAACCUGUUCCAUUCCACACCACACCAGUCCUCAUGUAUGUACUAGCAGUGUACUAGCUGUAGUAGUAUGUAUUACUAGUUGUAGUAGUAUGUAUUACUAGCAGUGUACUAGCUGUAGUAGUAUGUAUUACUAGCAGUGUACUAGCUGUAGUAGUAUGUAUUACUAGCAGUGUACUAGCUGUAGUAGUAUGUAUUACUAGUUGUAGUAGUAUGUAUUACUAGCAGUGUACUAGCUGUAGUAGUAUGUAUUACUAGCUGUAGUAGUAUGUAUUACAAGCAGUGUAGUAGUAUGUAUUACAAGCAGUGUAGUAGCUGUAGUAGUAUGUAUUACUAGCAGUGUAGUAGUAUUAUUACUAGCAGUGUAGUAGUAUGUAUUACUAGCAGUGUAGUAGCUGUAGUAGUGUGUAUUACUGAAAACAUCUCAGAUACUGUCACAUCGGGGGGUGACGGUGACAACGGGCCCUCUUCCUGUUCAUCACACUGUAACAGCGGCAGGUAGCCUCGCGGUGAAGAGCGUCGGGCCAGUAACCCGAAAGGUUGCCCUGUCGAAUCCCCGAGCUGACUAGGUAAUACAUCUGUUGAUGUGCCCUCGAGCAAGGAAGACACUUAACCCUAAUGGCUCUGGAUAAGAGCGUAAAUGACUCAAAUGGCCAUGUACUGUGACAGGUCUGUGCUAUUCCUGUUCAUAGGUGAUGCUUAUUACUGUGACAGGUCAGUGCUAUUCCUGUUCAUAAGUGAUGCUUAUUACUGUGACAGGAGAUCAGUGCUAUUCCUGUUCAUAAGUGAUGCUUAUUACUGUGAUAGAUCAGUGCUAUUCCUGUUCAUAAGUGAUGCUUAUUACUGUGACAGGUCAGUGCUAUUCCUGUUCAUAGGUGAUGCUUAUUACUGUGAUAGAUCAGUGCUAUUCCUGUUCAUAAGUGAUGCUUAUUACUGUGAUAGAUCAGUGCUAUUCCUGUUCAUAGGUGAUGCGUAUUACUAUAACAGGAGAUCAGUGCUAUAACUAUAAUCUCAUGUUAUCAUCAUCUCGGAGACAUCUGUGAGUGGCAUUGGGUGACAUAGGGUCCUAUUCCUGCCUAUAAGGGAUGCUGCAUAACAGGUUAUAAUGCCAUAAACCCCAUGGCUAUAAAGCCAUCACAUGCUUACAGACAAAGGUACGACACAGAAGAAGUUGCCCCUAGGCACUGAUUCUGGGUCAGACAUUAGUUGCAUCCCCUACCUGUUGGGGCUAGGUGAUCUGAUCCUAGAUCUGUGGUUAGGGACAACGGUAGAAAUUCCCACCAAGGGCAAUGUGACGAGGAGAUAUAACUGGACAGAGAUGAGAGACGUAUAGUGGAUAGGUCCCCUAUAGGGGAUCAAUCAGAGAUACUGUGAGUUAGAGAGAGAUACUGUUUACUGGGACCUGGAUUAAACUGCUGUCUUUAAGGCACUUUAUUAAACACACACAAACACACAGGUGCACUCAAACACACACAUAAGCACACUCAUCUAAGACAGACAAACCCUACAGGUAACUUUAGGCAGUUAUCUGUAUGUAAAUAGGGCCGUUUGGGGGACACACCCCCACAGUGAGUUCCAGUGAGUCAGGAUGCCUUUCACUCUGUGGCCUCCAGGGGGCAGCAUGGUACUGUGUGUGUUUGGGAGUCAUUAUGAAUGAGUAACAUGAUUAUUAACAGACACUUAUGUCUCUGUGUGACUGAGAGAGGAUUCAUUCAUAAAUCCUACUGUGAGGUUGUGUGCGUGCUUGUGAGUGUGUGUUUCAGUUAAUUGUUUUGACUGUAUUUGAUGGGCCAUUAUUAAAGAGUGGUAUUGGGAACCACCCCUUGUACACAUGCACACACACACACACACACACAAUCUCUAGGAAUGGAAAUGAGAUUGUAGGACCCAGCUCUGUGCGGCUGUACAUGUAUGGGUCUGUAUUUUGUAGAUUGUUUUUUUGAAUUAAAAUACUAAUAAUUAAUAACUGUCA